AUGAGGCAUUUUCUGAAGGAGAAAGUCAUGAAUGGAGGUGCCAUCCCUGGAUACCACCAGCUACAGGAAAAGUACUUGGGAGAUGUCUACCUGAAGGUGAAGGAAGAAAUCAAGCAACAUCUUGCAGGGAAGCCAGUGGCAGUCAUCUUUGAUGAAACUCCAGAUGUUGAAGGAAGAUGUGUACUAAACAUCCUCAUCGCACCACUUGAAAAGGAUACCUCGGGGAGAAAUCUUGCCUAUCUCGCAGAGACAGUGUUUCUGGAGCAGUGCAACCAUUCAACAGUUUCCAUGGUGGUGGUGAAAUGUCUACAAGACUACAAUAUCUCCAAUGAUGACGUCAUUGUCUGUGACACAGACAAUGCUGCAUACAUGAAGAAAGCCUACAAAGCUGCACUUCAGUCAUUGUUCCCCAACUCCCUGCACAUAACAUGCAUGGCUCACAGGGAGUGCUUUCCGCAAACCUUUUGA